ACGUGUAAUGCCGUGGACAGCCGCCAGGGUGCGCAAGUUUCCAGCCUAUAGUCACAUGACACAAACUGAAGAUGUCUGCGACGGAGGAGGACACGGAACUCAGAGAUCUGCUGAUCCAAAACUUGGAAAACAGCGGCGUUUUGAAUAAAAUUAAGGCAGAGCUACGUGCGGCUGUUUUUCUUGCCUUAGAAGAGCAAGACAAAGUUGAGAAUAAAACACCUCUUGUGAAUGAAAACCUCAAAAAGUCCCUCAACACAAAGGAUGGUCGCUUGGUCGCAGGUCUUGUAACUGACUUCCUGCAAGUCUUUAAUUUAGACUUCACCCUAGCAGUGUUUCAUCCUGAAAUCAGUACGCUGAAUGGGCUUGACAGUCGUGAAACUCUGUCUAAAGAGCUUGGUAUAUCAGAAACGGAGGUGAAUAAAAACACCCCUCUCCUGCUAGAGUUGGUGAAGAGGGGCCGGCAUAAGGACAAGACCUGCACUUUCACAGAGGGAGAUCGUUUGAUUGAGAGAACUUUUCCCAAGGAAUUGUUGCCCCGUCAAAUUGCGGAUGCCCGCAAAAAAUUUGACAGCCAUGACAAGAACAGAAGUGGUGAGAUCAACAGAGAAGCCGUUAUUGGCAUUUUCGCUGAUCUUUUUCCCCAGUUCAGCAGAAACAUGCUGGACAGUUACGUCACUGAGGAAUUAAGAGCCAAAGGCAUAAACACAAGCAAUACUGUAGACUUUCAGGACUUCUUGGGAAUGUUCAAAUGCUUUUUCAUUCAGUGUCGAAGUGUGGUUUCCAGUGACAGUAGCGAUGCACUUUACUCCUCAAGUAAAACUACUGAAGAUAAAAUCAUUUCGUCUUCCGCCAGCAAGAUACCCAGGUAUAAAGGAUUUGUUAAGCACAGUUCAGCGUGGGAAGAAAAGGAUGACCCAAAGGCUGUAGACAGAAGACCUGGUGAACCACUGGGGUCUCAGAAGAACAGAGGAUCUGUUCAAGUGUCUGAAGGGAUAGAGGAGGGAUUGAGUGAUGGGAAAAAUCUUCCCACCCCACUGAGGAGAGCGCUGGAGUUUGGCCUGGAGGAUGAGGAUGAAGGAGACUCGUUCUUUGAUGAUCCUCUUCCUAAACCUCAGAAGACCUAUGGCUGUGGUUUAUCUUCAGCAGAUAAGCCUUAUUCAGGGCAGAGGCAUUCUGAAAAAAGCUAUAGUCCGAAAGAUCAGCACUGGCAGAGGGAAGGGAGCCUGUCAGGGCGAUCCUUAUCCCAAAUGAGGAGGGGCACUAGCCUCAAUGAUCUGUCUGCUAUAGGCAGUGAUAAAGAGGGAGAUGGAGAGGACAUGCUCUCUGACUGUGAUAACAGGCCCAGCCCUGACUCUGAACCCAGGAGAGAAGGUUUGGGCAGCAGUUUAGGAAAAGCAUUCACAGCAGACACGCAGCUGAAGAGUGCAGGAGGAUCUUCUGAGAGCAGUCAGAAAGAUCAUUCAUCUGAUAAAAACGGUACGUCUAGUUCUAAAGAUAAGGGUGUAAAAGAGUUUCCCGUCCCAAAUGAGAAAACUCCAUUCCCUUUGCUAGAUGAAGACCUUGACUAUGACGAUGACUUCAACAGUCAUCGCUCUGAAAACUCUAAGAGUGAAGUGAGCAUCGAUGAGGAGAUUGAGGAAGUGUCGAUAGAGGGGCCUGACAUCAGCCAUAAGCUUGAUGAAACCACUCAGGAUGUGAGCGUCUCGCAGAUAAGUUUGGGUGCAGACUACAUUGAAGAUGUUGCUUGACAUCUAACUGUCAGUUCCUUAUUUUAUACUUUAUGUAUUUAUGGAUUUAGUUGACAAUAAAUAAUUAAUUACAGCCUGA